AUGAAGAUUCUCUAUAUGGGAGUUCUCCGGAACGACUCCCAACCCGCUGUUCAACUUUGCGGAGAGAAAGAUCUGACUAGCUUCUCUCGUUUCACCCGUCAAAACUAUGAAGAGUUCAUGAUGCUCUUCACCAAGACGGUCGCCGAGCGGACAAAGCCCGGGCAACGUCAGGACAUUGAGGAGAAGUCGUAUACAUUCCACGCUUACGGUCGUACUGAGGGUGUUGCCGGUGUCAUCGUCACAGACGGAGAGUACCCUGCGCUCGUCGCGCACCAGCUUCUGUCCAAGAUCGUCGACGAGUUCCUCGCCAAACAUCCCCGCACAUCCUUCUCCGACCCGUCCCUCCGAGAGAAUGCCUGCCCUCUCCCCCAGUUGAAGGAAUACAUUGUGAAAUACCAGGACCCGAGCCAGGCCGACAGCAUCAUGAAGAUCCAGCAGGAGCUGGAUGAGACCAAGAUCGUUCUGCACAAAACGAUCGAGAGUGUGUUGGAACGCGGGGAGAAGAUUGACUCUUUGGUGGCCAAGAGUGACGGCCUGUCAGCCCAAAGUAAGAUGUUUUACACACAGGCCAAGAAACAGAACUCUUGCUGCAUUGUCAUGUAG